CCCAGAGCCAAUUCCGACUUCCGAGCUCCGAGCACGCGGCGUUCUCCUCCCUCCUCACUCCGCCCUCGAAGCUCCGAGCUCCAAAACCCUAGACAUGCAGAAACAGACGGGCAAGUCCGGCGGGAGCGGAGGCGGCACGCCGGCGAAGCGCGGCCGCCCGUUAGGUAGCGCCACCGGCAGCGGAGCCGCGGCCGCAGCCGCUGCGGCGGCGGUCGGCGACCCCGGGGCGCCCGCCGCGCUGGUCGGGCCGUCCCUCCAAGUCCUCUCGGCCCUGUCAGAUCAGAACAAUAAAAGAAUUGUCCUUGCAUUGCAAAGUGGGUUGAAGUCAGAGAUACUGUGGGCACUGAAUGCCCUUACAGUACUCUCAUUUAAGGAGAAGGAUGACAUCCGACGAGAUACAACACCUCUUACUAAAGUUCCUGGUCUCUUAGAUGCUCUUCUUCAAGUUAUUGAUGAAUGGAGAGAUAUUGCAAUGCCUAAGGACCAUCUGAAACCACCCAGAGUAAGAACUUUGGGUGCCAACACAACACUCUCUGGCUUUGGUCAAGAGAACAUGGAAAAAGUCUACUCGGACACUGGCACUGCCUCUAAUGAUCAAUCGAAGACUGAGGAGUCAAGUGUCUCGAAGAAGCGCACUGCAAGCUUUUGGUUUGAUGAGGAUGGCCUGUUUAACAACGAUGAUGAAGGGAGGGCAGAAAGGCAGCAGUGCGCUAUUGCAGCCUCCAAUAUUAUCCGUAAUUUCUCUUUUAUGCCAGAAAAUGAGACUAUCAUGGUUCAACAUAGGCAUUGCUUGGAGACUGUAUUUCAGUGCUUAGAAGACCAGAAUAGAGAAGAUGACGAGCUCAUAACAAACAUGCUGGAGACCCUUGUCAAUUUAGCACCUGUGUUGGACUUGAGAAUCUUCAGCUCAUCGAAGCCAUCUUUCAUUAAAAUGACUGAAAAAGGUGCAGUUCAUGCCAUAAUGGGUAUGCUUUCAUCCUCAGUAAAGCCAUGGCACUGUGCUGCUGCUGAAUUGAUUGGGCGUCUGAUAAUAAAUCCAGACAAUGAGUCAUUUCUUCUUCCUGUCAUUCCACAGAUGCAUACAAAAAUGUUGGCCCAAAUGGAUCUAAUUUCUCGGUUAUUAAUGUUAUGCUAUCUUUUUCUCGGCUGUUUAGCUGUCAUACUUACAUCGCGUUGCUUGAUACAGAUAUACAAACGGCUAGUUGACCUCUUGAGUGUGCCAGCAUAUGAUGCACAAGCUGCUGCUGUUAGCGCACUCUACAAUGUAGCCGAAGUGAAUAUGGAUUGCAGGCUAAAGCUUGCCAGUGAGAGAUGGGCUGUUGACAGACUCCUGAAGACUGUGAAGAUGCCGCAUCCUGUGCCUGAGGUCUGCAGGAAGACGUCGAUGAUACUGGAGAGCCUCGUUUCCGAGCCUCAAAACAGGAUGCACCUCCUUGUACACGAGAACACCUUUGCUGAGAUCCUGAUGACAGAAGGGAAAUACUCCGACACCUUUGCUCGGAUCCUGUAUGAACUGACUGCAAGGCCGAGCAACAAGGUGACAUCGGGCCAUGCAAUCUGGGGAAACAUAAACUGAUGAAAGUGCUGGCCUGUACUUUGUUGCUGAAAUCUAGAUGUAGGUACUUCUUUGACCAUGUAUUGAUGAGUCCCGACUGCAUGUAACAAUUUUAGCUGUAUCUAGUUUGCAGCUUGUCGUCCUACCUAAUCUGAAUGCAUGUGUACUUUAUUUGGGCUGCCGGUGCCCCGCUUUGUUAGAAGACAACAUUUACGUGCUAUAAAAUUUGCUGGAAUCAGAAGCCUCGAAUUGGUUUUCA